AUGGAAGCUUUUUACUAUUUGGUUUUUGGGGCAUUAAGUGCUGUAGUGUUAGGAGUCGAGCUCAGCAAGACAACAAAAGAUCGAAUCAAUACAUCUCCUGCCUUCAAUUCUUUCAAGAACAAUUACCUUUUUGUUUACUCUCUUAUGAUGGCUGGUGAUUGGUUGCAAGGUCCAUAUGUUUACUUCCUUUACACUACAUAUGGGUUUGGGAAAGGCGAGAUUGGGCAGCUUUUUAUUGCUGGUUUUGGGUCCUCCAUGCUGUUUGGGACUAUUGUUGGAUCUUUGGCUGAUAAACAGGGUCGAAGGAGGGCUUGUGUGACUUAUUGCAUUACCUAUAUACUGAGCUGCAUUACCAAGCAUUCUCCACAGUACAGAGUUUUAAUGAUAGGCCGUAUCUUGGGAGGUAUCGCCACUUCUCUCUUAUUCUCAUCAUUUGAGUCAUGGCUGGUCGCAGAACACAACAAGAGGGGCUUUGAGCAACAAUGGUUGUCACUGACGUUUUCAAAGGCAAUAUUUCUGGGAAAUGGUCUUGUGGCUAUCUUGGCUGGAUUGUUUGGAAACUUUCUUGUAGAUACAUUUCAACUCGGCCCCGUGGCUCCUUUUGAUGCUGCUGCAUGCUUUCUUGCAAUUGGAAUGGCUGUUAUUUUGUCAUCAUGGACAGAGAAUUAUGGAGAUCCUUCAGAAAACAAGGACUUGCUUUCCCAAUUCAGGGGGGCUGCUAUGGCCAUUGCUUCUGAUGAGAAAAUUGCCUUGCUGGGUGCUAUUCAGUCUCUGUUUGAAGGUUCUAUGUAUACCUUUGUGUUCCUCUGGACACCUGCUUUGAGCCCAAACGAUGAGGAAAUUCCUCAUGGAUUUAUUUUUGCGACAUUCAUGUUGGCAUCAAUGUUGGGAAGCUCCAUUGCAUCUCGGUUGAUGGCCCGUUCAUCACCCAGGGUAGAGAGCUACAUGCAGAUUGUUUUCAUUGUCUCAUCAGCCUCUCUUAUGCUUCCGAUUGUAACCAGUUUCUUAGUAGCACCUUCUAAAGUGAAGGGUGGAGGUAUCUCAUUCUCAGGCUGUAUCCAGAUACUUGGCUUCUGUGUCUUUGAAGCUUGUGUAGGGAUAUUCUGGCCUUCCAUUAUGAAGAUGAGGUCCCAAUACAUUCCUGAGGAGGCCAGAAGCACCAUUAUGAACUUCUUCCGCAUUCCACUCAAUAUCUUUGUGUGCAUUGUUUUAUACAAUGUUAAUGCAUUCCCUAUCACCAUUAUGUUCGGUAUGUGCUCGAUUUUCCUCUUCAUGGCAUCUAUCUUGCAGAGGAGGCUCUUGGUGAUUGCAGAGAAGCCAAAGACAGAAGACUGGGAGAAGAACGAAAGGGAUAGUGAGGCAGAGCCAUUGAACCUUUGA